AUGAAGAUGUUCAAAGUAUUUCAGAAUCUCUUGAAGAAAAAUGGAGUGAAAAAUAAGGUAGCUACACCUUAUCACCCACAGACGAGUGGCCAGGUGGAGGUAUCAAACAGAGAACUCAAAGGAAUUCUGGAAAAGACAAUAGGACCAACAAGAAAAGAUUGGUCAGCAAAGCUUGAUGAUGCUCUUUGGGCAUAUAGAACUGCGUUCAAAACCCCAUUGGGAGCUACACCUUUUCAUCUUGUUUAUGGUAAGGCUUGUCAUCUUCCAUGGGAGUUAGAGAUCAGGGCAGAAUGGGCAAUAAGAAAGCUGAAUUACGAUAUCCAGAUGGCAAAUGAGUUAGACGAGAUUCGCCAUAAUGCCUAUGAGAAUUCUAAGAUCUAUAAGGAGAAGACGAAGGAGUUUUAUGACAGGAAAAUAGUUCAUAAGACGUUCUCACCUAAUGACCAGGUUCUACUUUAUAACUCACGUCUAAAAUUGUUUCCCGGAAAGCUUAAAUCACGAUGGUCUGGACCUUUCAAGAUCAAAGAAGUUUUACCAUAUGGUGCUGUGGUUUUAUGGAACCUCCAAGGAGGUGAUUUCACUGUCAAUGGACAACGUCUUAAGCCAUAUCUUGCAGACAUUCAAGAAGAAAAGGAAGAUUCGAUCUCCUUAGCGGAUGCGCCUAAUACCUAA